AUGUUCACCCGACCAGCUGUGCGAUCACUUCGAUCGAUAUCCCGAAGAACGUUAUCCACUCAAUCAUCAUCGUCAUCUUCUUCUUCAUCAGCUUUCAACCGAAAUGCGGUAAUAGCAGCUACUACUUUGGUCGUUGCUGGAUUGACAAUCACAUCGGAAAGGAGAAAAGUGUACAACGAUGAUAGAGUCAGAGAGAGUGUUUUGGACCAAAGUAGUUUGAAAGCUCCCAUACAUAAAAGGGAAGGGGAAGCUCGAUCACUCGAAGCAGGUAAAUCAACGGCUGAAAAAUUAAAAUCAACUGCACAGCAAGUAAAGACCCAAACUCAUGAAGCGGAAUCACAAUUCGAGUCAAAAGCCAAUGAUGUGAAAGAAAAAGUAUCGAACAGAGUCGAUCAAGCAAAAGAGAUAUACGAUGAUAAAGUCGAUCAAUUAGAAGAUGCAGCGAAAACAGCAUCAUCAUCAGCGAAAGAACAUGUACAUCGAUUAGAAGGCGUGACCCCAGAAGAAGCUGAUCAAGCUGCUCAAGUCGUAGAAGGAAAAUCAAUAGAAGCGACCCAGCCUUCUCAAGGUGCUUUCAACGAAGAAACCGGCGAAAUCAAUUGGGAUUGUCCCUGCCUAGGUGGUAUGGCAGAUGGACCAUGUGGUGAACAGUUCAAAGAAGCUUUUUCAUGUUUCAUAUAUUCAGAGGCAGAACCAAAAGGUGUAGACUGCGUUGAAAAAUUCAAACAUAUGCAAGACUGUUUCAGGGCUCAUCCAGAGAUCUACGGAGAAGAAAUCGACGAUGACGAGAAUGAACUCGACCAAUCUGAUUUAGGUGAAAUUCCUAAUCCUGCCGACCAAGGUGUUUCCAUAAAAGAGGAAACUACAGUACCAUCAUAG